AGAGGCGAUUCAGAUAAAUAAAUAGGAGGAGCAGGCAAGUGGAGGGCAGAAUAGCGGUGAGACGCUUCCAAAAGAGUUCAUCAGAGUGCAAACAUCUGCAGUACAAGCGACAGGCUGUGAUGGCUGCCAACAGAACCUUUCCCUUGACAAUCAUCUGUCUGGCUCUCAUUAGAAGUUCCAUUACCCAGCCAGGGUCCAAUCCCGCAGGACCCCUCAGACCCCAUACACCCACCUCCAAGGACCUGGAGCUCCCCCCGGAUGAAUAUUAUGACACAGAGGCUGAACCAACCACCGUUUCACCACAGAGUGCGUCUCCAAACAGUAGAGGAGCCAUGCGGAGAUGUGACUACAACCCCUGCAAGGAGAACCAACCAUCCUGUUCUGAGCUCUCCUCCGCUUAUCACUGCUUGUGUCCGGGCUCUACCUCUUACCUCGUGGCACCGGAGGCUCCUUACCUGAAAACGGUUGCUUGGAACGGGUCUGACGUGGUCAUCCGCUGGUGUGCUCCUUUCUCCUACGUAACGGCCUACAGUGUGACGGUCGGCGGGAAAGAGAGGCAGAGGUUCGGGAGGGAGUGGCGGAGUGGCGGCGUGGGCCCCAUUGAAAACGUCUCUGAGGUGUGCGUGGUGGCGCUGAAUGACGUCGGAGACAGCAAGGCCUCGUGUAUGAUGUACCAGCCCAAGGACCACAGCCUGCCUCUCAAAGCAGGACUGAUAGGGGGCGCCCUGGGCCUCCUGCUGCUUCUCCUGCUGGCCGUCCUGCUUUGGAGGCGUCGACGACAAAGGAAGCUGCAGGCCAACAUCUCCAUGAGAGACAGAGCAGAGACAUAAAUGACAAAACAAACCUUCUCAGGACACUCUCACUUUUGUGAAAGCACACUGUGGUGACCAUUGUAGUUUUCCUUUAUACUGUAAGGAUAGAAAAAUAGAACCUCUUCCUCCAGGCCAGGCAUGGGAGACAAUUGUUCCUCAAAUACUUCAAUAUAUUUAAAAAAAAAAAAAAAAAAACGCAUCUUCAACAAAUUUUUGGAUAUUACAUUGUUAAACACCAAAAACAAUGUAUAAUCUAAUUGAAUAAUACAAUAUAUUUAUAUCACACUAUGUCACAUUAUAUUAUAUGACAGGAUAAGCAGCAGAAAAUAGAUGGCUGCAAAUAAAAAGUAAUUUAAAAAAAAUACAAACACUAAAAGGAAAGUGUUUGUGAAAGUCACUGUUUGCUUUGUGAGUGCUACAAAAAUUUAGCAAAAAGUCUUUUUAACCGUACUGUAUAAAAAGGUUUUCAAAAGGCCUGAUGACAAUGCUUCUCAAAUAGUGGGGCGGGUCCCCCUGGGGAGUGCGUGGUGGGGUGUCUGGGGAGUGGGGGUGUGAGAAGCAGGGGGCACUCUACUAUAUAUUACUUUAUAUAGUAUACUUACGUUUCUUCAUGGUUGGCAGACCUGUUGGUGUCUUUACUCAUGCUUGAAUGAUGCUGGUGCCAGCAACCCAUACAGUGGUUUGUACAGAUAAAUAAAUACUAUAGGUUCUCGAUAGCAAAUAAUCGAAAACCUAUGCCUUAUGACAAACCUUGCAUGUUUUGCAAAUUAUAGUGCAAAUUAUACCCAUUUAUACACAAUAUUAGGUACACCUGCACAUGCAAUGAGAGGCAAUAGAAGAGCUACAAAGAUAAACAUGCUGCCAGAUGGGUAUUGACGUACCAAUAUGUGUAUUCUAGCGGCUUGCAGAAGAAGGGAUGAGAAACCACUCAAAGACAUGCGUAGGAGUCAGUUAUGAAGUACGCCGUUUCCUUCUGCAGGCCGGUUUUUCCUAAAUAAAUGCCCCUGAUGACAGAAUGCGCAGAUAAUGAGCAGGCAGGAGAGUACUUUGAGAUUUUAAAUAUUUCACAAGUAAGCCAGUGCUUUGUUGCAUGUUUCUGCACAAUGUUGGGCCGAGACAGGUUGAGUAAUGUAAAUAGCCAACCUGGAAUCAUUCCAAAAAAAUAAAAAAUAACAGGGUCGUUUUUUCAGAAUAAAAUAACUUUAGAUUUAGUCUUUACUACCUUGCUCUCAUCAUUUCUUAAAUAGGGAACUGAAGAUAUACGGUGUCCUUUUUAUGGCAUUUUGUACAUGACAAUGUGUGUUUUAUGCUUUCUCCCUCUGUGAGAGGUUACAUGGUUGGAAGGAAUCCUCUUUCUUCUUGAAAUUGACAAAAACGCACAAAAAAAAGGCUUAAAUCAAACUACUGUGCAUUUCUUAAAGACUGUGACUAUUAAACUAGGUUAAACUCUU